AUGGCAAAACGUAAAAAAAGUUCUAGUUCUAUUACUUAUAAACCUGAAAGUUCUACUAAAAAAUAUAAUUCAAUCUUUCAAAAGUCUAUCAACGAACAUAACUAUGACUUCAGCCUUGAAAAAUCUAAUGAUAAUAGUGAUAUACAAACAGGAGUAGACGAAAAAAUCUUAGCAUCAAUUCUAGCUCACAUUACU